CCUCCUCCAUGCUAACAACUAUGCUUUCGUUCUCUCCAGAUGGAUCCGUGCGAUGGCGUAGUUUCAGCUUCCUCCGCGUCACCGCCUUGGGACUCAUCGUCUCUCUCAUCUCCGCCCUUUCAUUGGGACCGUUCAUUGCUUGGGGGCAGCUUCCCCAGGUCCUCUCCCGCCUCUUCCCUUUCAAGAGAGGCCUCUGCCACGCCUACUGGGCUCCUAACUUCUGGGCGCUGUACAAUGCUUUGGACAAAGCACUCUCAGUUAUCGGUCUGAAAUACAAAUUCCUGGACCCAGCAACAAUACCCAAGGCUUCCAUGACAGGGGGGCUUGUCCAGGAAUUCCAACACACGGUCCUUCCAUCUGUGACUCCACUGGCUACCUUGGCCUGCACGGCGGUCUCCAUACUGCCCUCUGUUUUCUGUCUUUGGUUUAAACCCCAAGGGCCCAGAGGCUUCCUACGGUGCCUGGUUCUCUGCGCGCUGAGCUCCUUCAUGUUCGGGUGGCACGUGCACGAGAAAGCGGUGCUCCUCGCCAUCCUCCCUUUGAGCUUGCUGUCUGUGGAGAGAUCGAGAGAUGCCGGCAUCUACCUGAUCCUGUCCGCUACAGGGCAUCUCUCCCUCUUCCCCCUGCUGUUCACGGCACCAGAGCUGCCGCUCAAAAUCCUUCUCAUGCUGCUGUUCACGGUGUUCAGCUUCUCUUCACUGAAGGCAGUCUUCAGGAAAGAAGGCCCUUUACUUAACUGGCUGGAAACGAUCUACCUCACCGGGCUGAUCCCUCUGGAAAUCUUCUGUGAAAUCGUGUUUCCUUUCACCCCUUGGACGCUCAAGUUCCCCUUUCUUCCUUUAUUGCUCACCUCGGUCUAUUGUGCUGUCGGCAUCACGUACGCCUGGCUCAAAUUAUACAUCUCCGCCUUCAGGGGACCACCAGCCAUCAGGCAAAAAGAGAAAUGAGGAGGCACCAAGUCCUUUGGCGUUUCUCCCGGCCAUUAACCAGUGCUAAGCCCUGAAUUCUCCACAGCGAUUAGGACAACGUGCCACACCACCUCCCAUUCCAGAAGCAGGUCUCGUUUCAUGAAGACCUGGUGGGACCAAGGGAAGAGGAAACCCUCUCAAACAAGCAGAGGCUGGUUCCGGGUUGAGAAAGCCAAGGGAUGAGUUUGAUUAGGACUUUCUUCCAGAACCAGACCUCCGGAAUGACACAGAAGCAAAUACCGGUUGCCUUAAUGGUCCAACGUGGUUUUUAAUUGCUAAAUGUCAAGGACAAUCACUGUUCUCCAACGAAG